UGCGCAGACGGCGCAGGAGCGGAGCUGCGUUUGGCUCCGCCGCUCCGUGACGCCGUAGCUGUGUGGCGCCGUAGCGGCGGCUGAAGGGAGAGCUCUUCGCUUCUGGCGCGGCCAUGGGGCUCCUCGCUGGGCUCCCUCGCACCUUGGCCACCGUCCUGCUCCUCGCUCUGGGCUCCGCUGCCGCAGCCCCCCUCGUGCCGCGCGGCGGGCGGUCGGACGGUAACGAGAGGCCCAUUAUAGGCAUAUUGUCACAGGAGUGUCACUAUGACAAGUUCCACAAAUUUGGAAGUUCUUACAUUGCAGCUUCAUAUGUGAAGUUCUUGGAGUCUGCUGGUGCCCGAGUUGUGCCAGUAAGAUUAAAUCUUUCAGAUGAGGAAUAUGAUAGACUGUUCCACUCAAUUAAUGGGGUACUUUUUCCAGGAGGUGGUGUGGAUCUUAAGACUUCAGAAUAUUCCAGGGUUGCUAAGAUAUUUUACCACAAGGCGUUAGAGGCAAAUGACAAAGGAGAUUAUUUCCCAGUCUGGGGAACAUGUCUGGGGCAUGAACUGCUCACUUACCUCACGAGUGGGGAAGUUUUACUCAUUAAUACCAAGACAGAAGGUUCUGCACUCCCUCUGAACUUCACUCCAGCUGCCAAAGACAGCAGACUGUUCAAGAACUUCCCUAAUGAUGUCCUACAUGCAUUUGCUACUGAGCCACUGACAUCAAACUUUCAUAUGUGGAGCCUCUCCAUGGAGAAUUUCACCAAGAGUGAAAAGCUUCAUGAGUUCUAUAACGUUCUGACCACCAACAUGGAUGGGGAAGUGGAGUUCAUAUCUACUAUGGAAGCAUACAAAUACCCAAUUUAUGGUGUCCAGUGGCAUCCAGAGAAAAACCCUUUUGAGUGGAAGAAUUCUCCAGGCAUUCCGCAUUCCCCAUCAGCUGUCAGAGCAGCAUAUUAUAUAGCUGACUUCUUCAUUAAUGAAGCCCGGAAGAGCCUGCAUCGUUUCCCCAGUGAAGAAGAGGAAACGAAGGCCCUGAUCUAUAAUUACACUCCCAUCUAUACAGGAACCUUCUCCUCCUUCCAGCAGAUCUAUUUCUUUGAUUGAAUGCCCCAUGCCAGGUGCUCUCUGGAUGCUUAUAAGUGGAAUCGUUUGCCAGUGUUGUGUGCUGAAGGUUGAUGUUGUGUGCUGCACGUGCCCCAGGAUCUCUUCCUUUGCAAUCAUUUAUCCUCUGGUCACCUUGCACUGCUGGAUCAUUAAGAUAAACAUUUGCACUCAGUAACAUAAUUUUCUUGGGUCACAGAAUCAUAGAAUUGGCUUGUUUGAAACAGACCUUUCAGAUCAACCAUUCUGAGUCAGCCAAGGCUGGUGCUAAGCCAUGGCCCUCAGCACCACAUCUCUGUGUCUUAUAAACACAUCCCUGGGGACCCUGUUCCAUCCUUUGAGAACCCUUUCAGGGAGGAAGUUUCUUCUGAUGUCCAUCCUGAACCUCCCCUGGUGCAACUUGAGGCGGUUUCCUCUUGUCCUGUCACUUGCUGCUAGGGAGAAGGGACCAACCUCCACCUAGUUCCAGCCUCUUCUCAGGGAGCUGUAGAGAUGCAGAAGCUCCCCCCUCAGCCUUCUUUCUUCCAGGCUGAACACCCCCAGCUCCCUGUAUCUGUUUUCCAGACCUUGUACCAGCUUUGUUGCCCUUCUCUGAACCUGCUUCAGCCUUUCAGUGUCCUUGGAGAAAGGGGGCCCAAAACCAAAGGCAGUUCUCAGGGUGUGACAUCACCAGUGCAGAACACAUGGGGACAGUCACCUCCAUCCUGCUGAUCCAGGCCAGAUUGCUGUGGGCCUCUUGGCCCUAAAAUGAUCACUUGGAUCCCACUUUGAGGCAAGUUAGAGGGGGGAAAAAAAGGGCAUUUUUUUUCCCGGGGAAGAAGCUUUGAUCCUGCUUGUAGACUUGGAAGUGAUCAUGUUUAGGAGAAGGAAAACCAUUUUCAUAUAUUUAAGAUCUGAGAGUUCUCUUUCUUACACACUGUGGGCUUAGACCCACUGCUUAGUAAAAUCCUGCCCUUCCCAGAGGGUUUCACCAGUGAGAUUGUUGAGUUUGCCAUCAGUGUGUGAAUGGAGCCAAGCUCUUGGCAGGGUUUGUUUUGUCAGAUUGACCCAUGUGGUAGCAGAGAGACAUUUUGGCCUAAAAAUCACAUCCCUGCAUCAGUAGGGAUUUGGGGAAGAGUUCAGGUGCAUGCCUCAGCCCUCUUUGGCAGUACUUUACCCUCUCAGGUACCUUUUCUGAGCAAAGCUGGUCCGUUUCUCAGGGCUUUCAAGCCAAGAGCCUCUGACUUGUUCUUCCUCAUGAAGCAGCUGCAGAAGAGAACAUGAAGUGCAGUGACAGUCAUCACAAGCUUCAGGAGGUGAUGCUGUAGAUGAUAUCUACAGCUGUCAGGUCAGCCCCAUUCAGGAAACAGAACUCACUUUUAUUUAUUAGCUGACUCCUGAGUAGAGCCAAGCCUAAAAAGAUGAUUACACUCCACAGCUGCACAUAAAUGGAGCUGCUAAGACACUUGCAAACUAAGCCCUCUCUUCUGGUUCUUGUUCAAGCUGAGUUCUUAGAAAUAACUCUUAAGAGUUUCCCUAAGGAGGACAGGAUUUAUCCUUAAACCCAGGGAUUCACCACUGAAGUGGAAUGUCUGCUAAGUGCAGUGGGAGUAAUUAGUUCCAAGUGUGUAACUCUGUUGUGUGUACCAUGGUGAGAGCACAGAGGAUUUUUGUGGAUGUGUCUUUUCUUUGUAUCUUUGAUCUCAUGAAGCCUUCCUUGAUGGUGUCCAUGAUUUUUCUAUGGUACAUGGAAUAAACUUUGAUUCAAGCAGCA